CAUGGCUUUCUUGAUAGCGAUCGCUAUUUUUAUUAUAAUUUUAAUAUAUUAUAUUCUGUAUAAAGAGGAUUCUAAACCCAUAUUUGGGGUGUAUUUAGUGCCGGGAAAGUGGUACUAUUUGAAACAUGCUGUGUUUUCGUGUUUGUACUAUUUUAGAAAAUAUGCCAAUAAAUACAAGGCAGCAGGUCGUGAUGGCAGGGCGGGGCAGGGCGUCAAAGCUAUAGCAAAUCCAGCUGAAAUGGACCGAGCGCAACCUCUAAGUGACCACGCCAAGGCAUUCGACGCAGUAUUCUUUAUCUCAUCAAAAAAAGAUGAGUCCGACAAAGGCAUCUAUGUUGUUAUGGGGUGCGAACGUCGACCUAUGGGCAUGUGUAACGGCUUAUUUUAUAUUGGGUUGCCUGAAAAAGGUCUGCUCUGUAGUAAGAAGAUUCCCGACACGGUCCUGUUUGGGGCAGAAAUUGGUGAAUUUGGUGCUGAAGGUAUUCAAAUAAUUCCAGUAGAGCCGAUGAAGAAAUGGACAUUGUCCUACAAAGGGCAGAUGUGGUACCAAAACGACCCGGAAAAGGUGGUAGACGUGGAAUUCACAGGCGAAUGGUCAGCCACCAGCAAUUACUUCGACUACGACACCGACCUACAUCCGCCAGCUGUCAUCAAAUCGAUAGCUAGAGAGAAGUGGAGCAAGGAGUACUUCCAAGGCCUGAAAACGGCACAUCAAUCACACUACGAACAAUUUGGAACACUGAAGUGCAAAUUCAGCAUCGAAAAUGAAAACUUUGAAUUGACUCUACCAUCCUUCCGGGAUCACAGCUUUGGACACACCCGCGACUGGUCGCUAAUGCACAGAUACGCUUUCCACCACAUUUUCCUACAAAACGGCGUCAGUCUCAGCGUGGGCGUGAUCUGUCAACCCUGCACUGCGUCCAGAUUCGAAGCCGGUGUAGUAUCCUUACCAAACGGAGAAGUGCAUGCGAUUGAAUGGGUAGACUUGCAACUGUAUCAACACGGAGAAAAUGGCAUCGCACCGAAGGAUUAUGCUUUUACUUGCAAGGCGGGAGAAAAUGAGUAUACCGUUCAGGUACUAGUAGAAUACGAAUCAGUCCACUACGUAUCCGAAGAAUGGGAAGCUCGAAUGGUAGAAAGAUUCUGCAAGUUUAUUGUAAACGGAACUCCAGGCCGUGGUGUAUCCGAAUUCCACUAUAGAUACAAAGAUGGCCGCCCAGAAACUGCCGCCAAAAAUGAUCCGGAGUGGUAUAGGAAAAUGUGCCAUAAGAUUUGAAAUAAAAGAUUGAUUUUUCAUUGUUACUGAUGUACCGAAUGUAAUAAAUGUUUUUGAUAAA